GUCCCCUGCCGUGAUGUUGGCACUAUUACUUGUCACUUUUGUCAAUCUGUUGUUGUCAGAUUGUCUGUUGUGACGUGUGCGUUUAGUUUUUGUGUUAAUAUUUAAUAUCCUUCAAAUUAAUCAUGUCAAAGCCAUUUAAAAGCAGUGCAAGAGAGAUUGUGUUGAAGGUUCGUGCCUUUUGUGAGAGAGAAAAGGCAAACGAAGCCCCGUUAAUUAGACUCGAUCAAGUGCGAGCACGAGUCGCCGCAAUGACAGGCAUGUCGGAGAAAACCGUGAGUAGAAUAACUAAAAAAGGUGAAGUUGCUGCCUCUACGUCUCAAGAACUCAAGUCUCCUGGAAAACACCGUCAAAAACGUAAAACGGUGGAUCUUGAUGAUUUCGAUUUAUGCGCAUUAAGAAAUAAAAUCCAUGAAAUGUAUACUGUCAGAAAAGUUGUUCCUACCUUGAAUAAAUUACUUAUUGAAUUAAGGAAUGAUAUAAACUUUGGUGGAGGUCGAACUACUUUGUGGAAAAUUUUAAAACGAAUCGAAUUUAAAUACAAAAAUUGUGGUUCGAAGCGGAAAAUUUUAAUGGAAAGACACGACAUAGUUACAUGGAGACGCAAGUAUAUCGAUACUAUGAGACAAAAUCGUGUAGAAGGUCGGCCAAUAGUUUUCUUAGAUGAAACAUACAUUCACGCAUCAAAUGCAGUGCAAAAAUGUUGGCAAAAAGGUGACGAGGACGGAGUACUAACAAGUGAUUCUCCUGGAACGCGAUGGAUUAUUGUUAAUGCAGGUGGAGAAAUGGGGUUCGUUUCGAAUGCUCAAUUGAUUUUUAAAUCACAGAGUAAAUCAGGGGACUACCAUGACGAUAUAAAUAGAACAAAUUUUAUGAAAUGUCUUUCAGAGAAACUUAUACCCAAUUUGCCUCCAAACUCGUUAGUCGUCAUGGAUAAUGCUCCCUAUCAUACAGUACAAGUGAAUAAAGCACCUACUAUGAGUUCCUCAAAAGUCCAAAUGCAAGAAUGGAUUACAAAUAAGGAAUUAUCUUAUUUACCGACAAUGUUGAAAGCAGAGCUUUAUCAAAUUAUAAAAAAGCACAAAGAAGCGCCCAUUUAUGAGGCUGACCAAUUAUUGAUAAGUCAUGGCCAUAAAGUGUUUAGGUUGCCCCACUAUCACUGUGACUUAAAUGUUAUUGAGUUUAUGUGGAGUCUUUUAAAGAGACGAGUAGCUAGCAAUAAUCCAGUGUACAAUAUAAUAAUGCGUUUAGGAUGAUGUUGUCACUGCCGCGCUUUUGUAGUGCAUCCACAAUGUUUGCGACAUCUCAC